AUGGACAAUCUACAACGUUUUCUACAAUUUUAUAAGAAAGGAUGGAACGCAUUUUCAAAUCCACAAGAAGAUCCACUGCAUAUUUCUACCUACUUUGCUCGAGAGCAGAUGAAGGCAUUGGUAUUGUACACAACCUCUGUGGAACGCAGUCUGCCCUACCGAUCCCUUUGGCAUUCUUUUAUGGUGCUUAUAGUGUCUUUAGUUUUCUCGGCAAUGUGUUAUGGCUUGACGGAAUCCCUGGGAGACUUGGUGAAUUUAGGUCGCGAUCUUGCCUUUAUUAUUGGGGCAUUCUUUAUUUACUUCAAGCUCGUUUACUUCCAUUGGUAUGCCGAUGGACUGGAUGAGGUUAUCGAUGACCUAGAGGCAUGUCGUCACUGGUUAAGAGAAGGUCCUGGUUCCGCAGAGGCUCGGUCAGUCAGACACUGGCACUUUUUGGUGAUGUUUCUGUUGCUCGUUGUUUGGUCGUUUUUUAUGGGAAUGUUUGUGAUAUUGCUUGACACAUCACCGCUGUGGGUGGCCCAGCAGAGCUUGCCCUUCCACACGAUUUAUCCCUUUGAAUGGCACAUCAAAUCCAAGCACCCCAUAGCCCACGCCCUUAGCUACGUGACACAGGUCCUGGUACUCUCCUACAUCCUUAUUUGGCUCUUGGUCAUUGAAUCACUAUCGUUGUCUAUAUAUUUUGAGAUCACUUCUGCCAUCAAGGUUCUGUGCAUCGGACUUCGUCACCUGCCUGAAAAGUGUCACGGCGAUAGUAAGCUAUUGAACAGGGAAGUUAUCCGAUUGGUUGGGUUCCAUCGGAAAAUAAUAAGCAUCUUAGAUCGAACCAACGAGGUUUUUCACGGCACUCUUAAGAUGCAGGUGAUUGUCAACCUGUUCCUGGUAACCCUUUCGGUUUUUCAGGCCUUGGUUGCCCGAAAGGAUCCCAAGGUGGCCCUCCAGUUUGGAGUCCUCAUGCUGCUCGCCUUGGGACAUCUAUCGAUGUGGUCCAAGUUCGGGGACCUUGUGUCGCAUGAGUCCUUGGACAUUGCUCAGGCUGCUUAUGAGGCGUACGAUCCGUGCUCAGGAUGUGACAGAGUUAACAGGGACCUUUGUUUCAUAAUUCAGAAAGCGCAAUAUCCUAUGCAAAUGAGGGCAAGCCCUUUUCCGGCCUUUAAUUUAAUAAAUUAUUCGGCAAUAUUACAUCAAUGCUAUUCAAUCCUAACGCUGUUGCUAAAUACCAUGGAUUAA